AUGAGCCCCUGCCAUCGCCUCCCCCUCUCCCAGGACAAGCUCUUUCCGCUCCGGAUUAUCCCGCGGGCGGAGCUGGCCGGGCCCCGCAUUCCUUCCAGCCUAGCGCUGCCGGAGCCGGGGCCAAGCCCCGCUGCUGCUGCUGCUAUCGCUCGGGCCGGGGCGGCUCUGCUGCUGGGGCCAACCCCACUGGAGCCUGAGAUCCUAAACGCCGUUUUCCUGGAGCUCCAGGAGGGUUGUGGUGGGCCUGGUGCUGGCCCAAUGGAGCAGGGAGGCUGGCAGCAGUGGCUGCUGCUGCUGGUGGGCAUCCAGCUGGCCAGCAGCCAGUGCCCAGAGCAGUGCCAGUGUGUCCGCAGUGCCCAGGUGGAGUGCUUUGGUGCCGACAUCAGCACGGUGCCCAGCCCCAUCCCUGCCAACGCCAUGACCCUGCAGAUCAUCAACACGCGCAUCGCCGAGCUGGGCGACGCCGCCUUCGGCAACGCCUCCCUGCUCAUCGGGCUGCGCGUGGAGAAGAACCUCCUGUCUCGCAUCAGCCCCGCGGCCUUCCAGAACCUGCCCGACCUGCGCUACCUCAGCCUGGCCAGCAACAAGCUGCAGGAGCUCCCUGUGCAGGUCUUUGAGCCUCUGGACAAGCUGGAGUCUCUACUCCUCUCCAGCAACCAGAUCCUCCAGGUCGAGCCUUCCCACUUCGCCCAUCUGAGCAACCUCAAAGAGCUGCAGCUGCACGGGAACAACCUGAAGGAGCUGCAGGAGGGGGUGUUUGACCAGCUGACCAGCCUCACCAAGCUCAACCUGGCCAGGAAUAACAUCGACCGCCUGCCGCCCCGGGCCUUCGAGCGGCUGGCACGGCUGCAGGUGCUGCGGCUCUACGAGAACCGGCUCCGGCACAUCCCGGUGGGCACCUUCGAUGGGCUGCCGGAGCUGCAGGAGCUGGGGCUGCACCAGAACCAGCUGGAGACGCUGUCCCCGGAGCUCUUUGUGCACAACACCAACCUGCAGAAGCUCUACCUGUCCAACAACUUCCUCACCACUCUGCCGAGCGGCGUCUUCUUGCCCCUGCAUGCUCUCGCCAAGAUCACCCUGCACGUCAACCGCCUGCGGGACAUCUCCCCCAGCGCCUUUGGGCCCACGCCCAACCUGCAGGAGCUCUGGCUUUACGAGAAUGAGCUUUCCAGCCUCCCCACUGCCGUCUUCAGCAACCUGACCCAGCUGCAGCUCCUGGUUCUCAGCAAGAACCGGCUGCAGUCGGUGCCACCGGGGGCUUUCCAGGGCCUGGGGGAGCUGCUGGAGCUCUCGCUGCACUCCAAUGCCCUGCGCCGCCUGGAUGCCCGGGCACUGGAGGGGAUGCCCAAGCUGCAGAACAUCUCUCUGCACCACAACCAGCUGCAGGCACUGCCACGGGGCCUCUUCAGGGCCACGCCUGGGCUGCGGCACCUGCAGCUGCACUCCAAUGCCCUGGAGUACCUGCCCGCCGGCAUCUUCUCCCCGCUGACGGCCCUGAGAGAGGUGAGGCUGCACAACAACUCCUGGCGCUGUGACAAGGGCAUCCUGCCCCUGCAGGGCUGGCUGCAGGAGAACCCUCACAGGGUGGGUGAGAUACCCCCGCUGUGUGCCCAGCCUCCCGCCCUGCAGGGCAUCCCCAUCGCCGGGCUGCCACAGGACCACUUCAUCGACCCCCAGCCCCCCACUGCUGCUGCUCCUCAUCCCAGCACCCUGCUCCCUGCUGACACCUCUGCGGCAGCCUCAGAUGAUGCCUCAGCAGCAGAAGAUGCCUCGAUGGAGCCCCCCACGGGGCUGCCAGCCUCCCCACAGGAGGAUGAGGAGGAGAAGAAAGAGGAGGAAGAGAGGGGGCAGUGGGGGCUGACACGCCUGCAGAGUGGGGUGGUGGUAGCAGUCAUUGUGCUGGUGAGUGUGGCCCUGCUGGCUGCUCUGGUGGCAUUGGUGGUCUAUGGCUUGCUGGCUGCUCACAGCACCUCAGCAGCCAGUGCUGGUACAAGCAGCUCCAGCCUGGUGCAUUGCAGGCUGCUGAUCUAUGUGCUGCUGGGGCUGGGGUCCCUGCUGGUGGGGGCACUGUCCCCAUCCUGCCCCCCUGCCUGCCAGUGCUAUGACACCUCCAAAGUCUUCUGCUCCAAUGAAGGGAUACGGGAGAUCCCGGAGGGCCUGCCAGGAAGUGCCACCCACCUCUUCUUCGUGGAGACAGCCCUGAGCAGCAUCCGCAGCGGGCACUUGGGAUCCAGCACCACACUCACCAAGCUGGUCUUCAUCAACAACAACAUCCAGGAGCUGCAGCCUGGUGCCUUUCAGGGGCUGCCCAGCCUCACUGAGCUGGAGGUGUCAGGCAACCCCUUGCCAGCUGUCAGCCCUGGGACGCUGGCAGGGCUGACCAGCCUCAGCAAGCUUUCCCUCAGUGCCAACACCAUCCGCACCCUGCAGCCGGGGCUCUUCACUGCCUCUUGCCACCUGCAGGACCUGAGCUUGGCAAGGAACAGGAUUGAGGCACUGCCCCCUGGCAUCUUCCGCCCACUCCGGCGGCUCCAGGCCCUGGACCUGUCACAGAAUGCUCUGCCCGAGCUGCCGGAUGGUCUGCUGGCCCCACUUGUCACCCUUCGUGUUCUCAAGCUCAGUGACAACCUGCUGGCACAGGUGCCUCCUGGUGCUUUCAGGGCGCUUGGCCAGCUCACCGAGCUCCACCUGGACGGCAACCAGCUGGAGGAGCUGCCCUCGGACAUCUUCUCCAGGCUGGGGGCGCUGCGGCGGCUGCAGCUGCAGCACAAUGCCCUGGGCAGCCUGGCCCCCGACAUCUUCACAGGUCUCCUCAACCUCACUGUCCUCAGCCUGGAGGGCAACAACCUGGCCACUGUGCCUGCCCUCCUGUUUGCUGGCACCCCUGGCCUCCUCCACCUCUCGCUGGCACGCAACCGGCUGGAGACACUGCCCCAGGAGCUCUUUGCGAACCUGUCAGUGCUGGAAACCCUGGAGCUCUCACACAAUGCCAUAGAUCACCUGCCCACCGGGGCUUUCCAGGGUCUGGAAGGGCUGACAGAGCUCCAGCUGAGCCACAACAACCUCUCCAGGCUGCCGGCGGGGCUGCUGGCCGGGCUGCCUCUCCUCACGGCCCUGGUGCUGGACCACAACCGCCUGGCCCGCCUGCCUGCGGGGCUCUUCGAUGCCAACGAUGAGCUGGUGCGUGUGGGGCUGGCUGGCAACCCCUGGCUCUGCGACUGCCACCUCUCCUACCUCCUGCACUGGCUCCAGAGCUUUGCUGAGCCCCUCACCCACGGCCAAGCCUUCUGUGCCAACCCGGCUGCUCUCCAGGGCCGGUCCCUGCUGGAGGUUUCCCGCGGGCAGCUGCAGUGCCCGGGAGCACACGGUGUCCCCCCGGAGGAGGGCUGGGACACAGAUGCUCCGGGGCAGUGCACCUACAGCGACCCCGAGGGCACGGUGAGCGUGGCCUGCAAUGCCACAUCGUGCCAGCAGCUGAACCUGCGCCUCCCUCCUCCCGGGCCGGAGCGGGGCCUGGGGGCGGCCUACCGGCGGGCCUGGCUGCUGCGCUCCCGCUGCGGCACGCUGCAGGUCAGCGUCCUUGUCACAGCGCAGAGAGGGAACGAGGUCACACCACCAGCACCCCUCGCCGUGCCCUGA